AUGGUUCUUUCCAAGAACCCUAAUUCUCCCAAGAUGCGUUUCAACGUCCCCGCCAUUCUUGCAGCCGCCGCUGUUGCGAACGCCGCUGUUAUUCCCCAGAUCCCCAAGGUUGAUGGCGUCGUUGGUGGCGCCACAUCUGGCGUCUCUUCCACCGUCAACAAGGUUGAGGGUGUCGCAAGCCCCAAGAUCAACGCCUCCAUCGGUCGCCGUGUUAACGCAAAGGUCGGCACCAAGUUCGGCUCCGUAGACGCCUCCGUCGACCCCAAGAAGAUCAACGCCAACGUUGGUGCCCACAUCACCAGGCGCCAGGUCCCUGACGUCAAGCCCAUCGUUGGUGGUGCUACCUCCGGCGUCACCUCCACUGUCAACGACGUCAAGAACGUCGGUGCUGACGCCAAGGUCGAGGCUCUCGACGACGUUGUCGAGGUUGAGGUUGGCAAGCGCCAGGAGCUCCCUGUCGCUGGUGACCUCGUCAAUGGUGCUACCUCCAAGGUCACCUCCACUGUCGACGACGUCAAGAACAUCGAUGCUAAGGUCGAUGCCCUCGGUGCCUCCAUCGACGCAUCCAUCGGCAAGCGCCAGGGCCUGCCCGUUGUUGGCGACGUCCCCGUUGCUGGCGACGUUACCUCCAAGGUUGGAUCUACUCUCGCCGACGUCCAGAACCUGGACGUCAACGGCAUCGCUGAGGGUGUCACCGCCCCCGUUGCCCCCGUCGUUGACGGUGUUGAGUCUGCUCUCAAGCCUGUUGUCGACGGUGUCGAGCAGGCUGUUGCCCCUGUCACUGGCGCUGUCUCCGGCCUUGUUACCCCCAUUGUCAACGACGUCAAGGACAGCGCUCUCGGUGCCGUCAAUGGCGUUACCUCCAAGGUUGAGUCCACUGUUGGAUCCACUGUUGGAUCCACUGUUGACGACGUCAAGAACACCACUGGUUCCGCUUCCGUUCUUGGUCAGUCCGCUGAUGCCGCUGUUGAGAAGCGCCAGGUUCCUGACGUCGCCCCCGUUGUUGGUGGUGCCACUGGUGCCGUCGAGCCUGUUGCCAACACUGCCACCGGUGCCGUUAAGCCCGCCGUUGACACCGUCAAGGGUGCCGUCGAGCCUGCUGUGAACACUGUCAAGGGCGCUGUUGAGCCCGCUGUCAACACUGUCAAGGGCGCCGUCGACCCUGCCGUCAACGCUGUCAAGGGUGCCGUUGAGCCCGUUGUCAACACUGUCUCCGGUGUUGUCUCCCCUGUUGUCGACAACGUCAAGGGCGUAGCCGGAUCUACCGUCAAGACCGCCACCGACAAGGUCGGCUCCACCGUCGACGAUGUCAAGAACAUUGACGUCUCCGCCGAUGUCCUCGGCGCUGCCAAGGUCGACGCCUCCCUAUAA